AUGCGGCUCCAAUUCUUCUUGUUGGCACUCACUGCCAUCCCUGUUCUAUCUUCUUAUCCAUUCAAUCCCCUUGAACACUCCGCCGGGAUUGCACCUUACUUUACUCCCCACGAUCCUCCUCUUCAAUCCUCUCCUCCACAGGGUUGCAAUGUUACUCGAGCUGCUUAUCUCAUCCGCCAUGCCGCCAUAUACGCCAAUGACUUCGACUACGAGACCUAUCUCGAGCCACUAGUAAAGAAGCUGCAAAAUACGUCGCAGGAUUGGUCAUCCACAAAGACACUCAAAUUUUUAUCAAACUGGACUGCACCAAUUGACCAGGAACAUGUGGAGAAGCUUACCCAUGUCGGGCUACAAGAGGCUCGGUCGCUGGGAACCAGUGUUCGCCAAAGAUACAAGCAUCUAAAAACACCUCAGAUGAUAUGGUCAUCGACCGCAGAUCGGACGGCCAAAAGCGCACAGGCAUUUAUUGCUGGUUUUACGAACAACCACACGAGUCUCAUCAACUUGACUCAAGUCGAGGAGAGCAAAAAGGCGGGAGCGAAUUCUUUGACUCCGUACAAGAGCUGCAAGGGAUACAGUUCUUCUUAUGGCAAUGACCAAUCCUCGGCUUUCUGGAAAACGUACACUCAACCCAUCCUCGCCCGCUUCAAUGCCGAGGCACCAGCUUUCAAUUUCACUCAAGAUGAUAUUACAGCCAUGUUCGAGUUGUGCGGUUACGAAACCGUCGUUCGCGGCUCUUCUCCUUUCUGCUCUCCCAAUAUUUUUAACUCAGAUGAGUGGCUGGGAUUCGAGUACGCAAACGACCUGAUGUAUUUCCACAACACGGGAUACGGCCGGGCCCUCUCUCCUGUUCUCGGAUUCCCGUGGGUCAAUGCCAGUGUUACAGCAUUGAAUGACGAUUCCUCAUCACAAGAACUAUUCUUCUCCUUUACACAUCGCGAAGUCCCACCAACUGUUAUCACCGCGUUGGGGCUGUAUAACAAUAGCGCGUACAGCGGAGCGAAUAACGUGAAUACGACUAUGCCCGAGGACAGUAUUAACUACCACCGUGCGUGGAAGAGUAGUGAGAUACUUCCAUUCCUUUCGAAUAUUGCUAUUGAGAAGAUGUCAUGUCAAAGUUAUGGCUAUGAAGAGGGAGAGUAUUAUCGAAUCUUGAAUAAUGCCGGUCCUCAGCCGUUGGUGGGAUGUCGGGAUGGGCCUGGUGAAAGUUGCUCGAAAGAUAAGUUUCAUGAUUUCAUUGGAAAAAGAGGAGAGUCGUUUGGGGACUACAACAAGGCGUGCGAGGUCACUGAUCUUCCAUCUUCCUUGUCUAUUUACGCUGUGUGA